AUGGCAAAUAACCCGCUCAGUACCGACAGCAUCCUUAAGUACAUGGCAGAUGCCUUGCCUACACAUGCAAAAGAUGCCACGGACUCGGACAUCUCCAGCUCAUAUGAAGCUAUCGCCCUCUUCUCGCACGCAUGUAUGGUCGCAGUUGGAUUUCGAUUACUAGGAUUUGGUGAAGAUCAAAAGAUAGAAGCUGAAUGUGAACGUCUCUCUCCGAGGUUAUCGACGAAAUGGAACUCUUCUUUCGGCUCGCAUUCCUUCCUCUACGCACACUCACAAUCCUCAAUGCAAUACGUUGUCAAGGUUGAUCGGUUAGGCGGCAAGGCGGAGAUUAGAGGCAUUGGACUUGGAGAUGAGAGAAUCAGCAGAUUCGAGAUCACAGCUAAGGACUAUAUCUCGUCUGCAGCUCUUCCACUACGUAUCAAAAUAAACCAAGACGGGGAGGAGGAUCGAUCAGAUCUAGAGGCAAAGCUAAAGGAAGUUUUCAUUUCACCUUCACGAAUACAAGGACUUCAUAAAGAAGGGUACGAAGAGUCCGCCAAUGCAUCAUCAGCCGAAGCCUCCCGCGUUCGCGAAGAGCGAGAACAAGGUCAUGGCCGUCGUCCACCACCUCCAGACCCGAUGGCAGACCCCGAGCCCGCCCGGCCCUAUCCGUUCCAGGACCCUCUAGCCGCCGACCCUCGCCGACCCCUCCCACAAGGAGAUUUCCCUCCCCCCGGAUUCGACGACGAGUAUGACAUGAACCGGCCACUACGCGGCAUGGUGCCUCCAGUUCCUGGGGCGAGAUCACCGUUCGGUAUCGGACAUGAUGAUUUGCACCCUCUGGGACUAGGACCCAAUGAUCCUCUCAGAGGGAGUUUUGUUCCUGGAGGCGGCUUCGGAGGCGGAGGCGGAGGUGGUAUGCAUCCCACGUUUGAUGAUCCGCUGUUUGGUGGUGCGAAUGGAAGAGGACGUGGACAAGGGGGGCCGCAGAAUCCGUUCGGUGCGAGAUAUGAUCCUCUGGGACCUGGUGAUGUACCUCGUGGUGGGUUGGGAGGUAGGCCGCCGAAUCCAUUUGGUGGAUUUGGGAACGACGAUUUCAUCUGA